AUCCGGGAAAAGGUCGAGGCGACGAGAACGAGAGGAGAUACAAACGCAACAAUAACGGCAUUUCUUUUUACGAAAAUACUAUCGUACAUGGACACUUAAAUACCCAAAGCCAUCUGUUUUUCAUAUAAAUAUUGUACUCGGAAUAUUUAAAGAUGUCUGAAGAGUUGAUGAAGCAACUGAGCAAUUAUAAAGCUCAGCUGCAGCAAGUGGAAGCGGCGCUUUCUAUAGAUCCAGAUAAUGAAGAUCUGCUUAAACUACAGAAGGACCUUCAGGAGGUGAUUGAGUUGACAAAAGACCUGUUGACAUCACAGCCAGCAGAGGGUACUACCAGCACCAAAAGCUCAGAGACGGUUGCUCCGUCUCACAGCUGGAGGGUCGGAGACCAUUGCAUGGCCACCUGGAGCCAGGAUGGACAGGUGUAUGAGGCAGAAAUUGAGGAGAUUGACAAUGAGAACGGCACAGCAGCUAUCACCUUUGCUGGCUAUGGAAACGCUGAGGUGAUGCCUCUUCAUGUGCUCAAAAAAGUGGAGGAGGGCCGGAUAAGAGAAGAUAUAGAUGGAAAACCCAAAUCCAAGAAAGAGCUGCAGGCAGAGCAGAGGGAAUACAAGAAGAAAAAGGCCCAGAAGAAGGUUCAGCGCAUGAAGGAGCUGGAGCAGGAGAGAGAAGAUCAGAAAUCCAAAUGGCAGCAGUUUAACAAUAAAGCAUAUUCCAAAAAUAAGAAAGGACAGGUUAAAAGGAGUAUAUUCGCUUCUCCAGAGAGUGUGAAUGGAAAGGUUGGCGUCGGUACAUGUGGAAUCGCAGAUAAACCCAUGACUCAGUACAAUGACACUUCAAAGUAUAACGUCAGGCACUUAAUGCCCCAGUGAAGUCCCCUUGUGUUCUGUCUGUUCGUCUAUAAUCACCCAUCAUAAAAAUGAAAUAAACGAAAGCCCACCUAGAAUUCAUAAACCAUCAGAUUUGACAUUGAAUGAAUAUAGUAACACAUUUCCCUUUGUUAUAUUUCCACUAAUAGUGGGUGGUGUAGUCUGUGGAUGUUGGAGCUGUUCUGUACUGAACGAGUCUCUGGGUGUUGUAACUUAAGCAUCAGUCCUCAGUGAAGGACAGCUCUCCUGGUUAGUUUUACAGGUUCUCCUCAAGCUGUCAGGACCAGGUUUCUGAACGAGUGCUUGAGGGUGUGAACUGUGCUUGAUCGAUUUUAUAAUGUGUUGAACAAAUGUAUACAGAAAGCACUGGCCUCCCUCAUACUUAGUCCAGGUAGGGAAGACUGAUGCUGUUGAACAGAUUAAGUCAUCUUUUGGUUUGUUUUGCUCUGGCCAUCGCCGUGUCUAAUAAGCAUUUUACUGCGGUCCAUUUGUUGUUACAUUUGCUUUUCAGUUUUCUAUAUUUACAUAUUUGAGAGGAAUAAAAAUUGAUUUGUUGA